GGAAGGGAGAGAAAGGCGAGCAGUUGAUGGGACGCUGCCCGGCAGCAGCAGCAGGCUCCUCUGGAGACAGCAUCAGGACUCUCAACUGGAGGUAAUCCCCAGAAAAUGAUAAGAAAACACCUCAGGCUCUUAACCCCCCUGGCCCUGCUAGGACUCCUUGUGGGGUUGGCAGACCUUACCCACGGCUCUGUCGGGGAGGAUGAGGAUUACUACAUGCAGGGGCUGCCGCUACGAAGGACCCAUCCCUUCACUGCUUCUCUAAAAUCCCCCAACAAAAAGGCAGAGAAGACCAAGAAGACUGCAGUGAAAAACCCAAACAGCGUCUCAGAAGGAGAACAACAAUACAACCCGAUAAAAAAGGAAUGCCCUCCCAUUGGACUGGAGUCAUUGAAGAUUGAUGAUUUUCAGCUUCAUGCAUCAUCUACCAAACGCUAUGGCCUUGGUGCACACAGAGGUCGCCUUAACAUUCAGGCUGGCCUUUAUGAAGAUGACCUCUAUGACGGGGCCUGGUGUGCUGGGAGAGAUGACACUCUACAGUGGUUUGAGGUGGAUGCCAGGAGGCUGACAAAGUUCACUGGGGUCAUCACACAAGGCAGGAGCUCCCUCUGGUCGAGUGAUUGGGUCACCUCGUACAAGGUCAUGUUUAGCAAUGACAGUCAUACCUGGAUAACACUGAACAAUGGCUCAGAAGACUUGAUAUUCAAGGGCAACAGGGAAAAAGAGAUCCCAGUCCGGAACAUCUUCCCAGAACCUGUGGUCAGUCGAUACAUUCGAAUUAACCCUCGCUCUUGGUUUACAAGGGGCAGCAUCUGUAUGCGAGUGGAGAUCCUUGGUUGUCCUAUGCCAGAUCCAAAUAAUUAUUAUCACAGACGCAAUGAAGUCACAACAACAGAUGACUUGGACUUCAGACAUCACAGCUACAAAGAAAUGAGGCAGCUUAUGAAGGUGGUUAAUGAAAUGUGUCCCAACAUAACCCGGAUCUAUAACAUAGGAAAAAGUCAGAGUGGCCUCAAAUUGUAUGCGAUCGAGAUCUCGGACAAUCCGGGAGAACAUGAAGUUGGCGAACCAGAGUUUCGUUACACGGCAGGAUUGCAUGGUAAUGAGGUGUUGGGACGAGAACUGCUCCUCCUGCUGAUGCAGUUCAUGUGCCUGGAGUACCUAUCUGGCAACCAGCGGAUACGUCACCUGGUGGAAGAGACUAGAAUCCAUCUACUGCCAUCUGUCAACCCUGAUGGGUACGAGAAAGCCUUUGAAGUGGGCUCCGAGCUCAUCGGCUGGUCUCUGGGUCGAUGGAGCAACGAUGGAAUCGACAUUCACCAUAACUUUCCUGAUCUUAACGCUAUUCUGUGGGCAGGUGAGGCAAAGAAGUGGGCUCCUCGUAAAAUGUUCAACCACCAUAUCGCCAUCCCAGAUUGGUACCAGUCCACAAAUGCCUCAGUUGCCUUGGAGACACGAGCUCUGAUAGCAUGGAUGGAGAAGAUGCCCUUCGUGUUGGGUGGUAACCUCCAGGGUGGGGAGCUUGUGGUGACCUUCCCGUAUGACAGAACUCGCUCCCAAGGGGUGGUCAUGGAGCAAACCCCGACCCCAGAUGACCACAUCUUCUGCUGGCUGGCCUUCUCCUACGCGUCCACCCACCGUCUGAUGACUGAUGCCAACCGACGGGUCUGCCACACACAAGAUUUUGCCAAGGAGGAUGGCACCAUCAACGGCGCAUCCUGGCACACCGCAGCCGGCAGUAUGAAUGAUUUCAGCUAUCUGCACACAAAUUGCUUUGAGCUGUCGAUGUAUGUGGGUUGUGACAAAUUUCCUCAUGAGAGUGACCUGCCUGAGGAGUGGGAGAACAAUCGCGAGUCUCUUCUUGUAUUCAUGGAGCAGGUGCACCGUGGGAUCAAAGGUGUAGUCAAGGACCACCAGGGUCGUGGAAUAGCUAAUGCCAUCAUCUCUGUGGAGGGCAUCAACCAUGACAUUCGUACAGCUGCUGACGGUGAUUACUGGCGCCUGCUGAACCCAGGGGAGUACAGAGUAACAGCGAGGGCUGAGGGAUACAGCCUCCUGAGCAAGAAGUGUGAGGUGGGCUAUGAGAUGGGUGCCACCCGUUGCGACUUCACCAUUGGCCGCACCAACAUGUCACGAAUUAAAGAAAUAAUGGAAAAAUUCAAAAAGCAACCCAUCAAAUUGCCCAUGAGGCAGCUUGCGGCUCGGAGGUCCAGAAGGAGACGUCUGGGAACAUAAUGACCGUAUGAGGUAGCUGGAGGAAGAAUUAAAAAGAAACAUCUGCUCUGAUCAGACGGCGGUGAAGGCCAAGCCUGGGUUUGGACCUGUGUCAGAUUCCUUCUGAGUGCUGUCAGUGGAAUUAGUGUUUUGAGACUAAAAAUGUGGAUUAAUUUAAACGGGGCACUCUAUUUGAUUUCUUGUUUGGUUAGAGCUUCUUUGCACUCACUGUCAUCAUCAACUUUUCUCUCAUCUCAACGGGAAACAUUUAUGCUUUUCAUUUGGUGGAAGGUCAAGUUUGU